AUGGGGAACAUGGACGGGAAAACCGUGGAGGAGCUGAGCACCACCGAGUGCCACCAGUGGUACAAGAAGUUCAUGACAGAGUGUCCUUCUGGCCAGCUCACCCUCUACGAGUUCAAACAGUUUUUUGGCCUGAAAAACCUGAGUCCGGCAGCGAACAAAUACGUUGAGCAAAUGUUUGAGACGUUUGACUUUAAUAAGGAUGGCUACAUUGAUUUCAUGGAGUAUGUGGCAGCCCUGAGCCUGGUGCUGAAGGGCAAGGUGGACCAGAAGCUCAGGUGGUAUUUCAAGCUCUAUGAUGUGGAUGGCAACGGCUGCAUCGACCGGGCUGAGCUGCUGAACAUCAUCAAAGCCAUCCGCUCCAUCAACCGCUGCAACGAGAAGAUGACGGCAGAGGAGUUCACAGACAUGGUGUUCAACAAAAUCGACAUCAACGGGGAUGGCGAGCUGUCCCUGGAGGAGUUCAUGGAGGGCGUGCAGAAGGACGAGAUGCUGCUGGACAUCCUGACGCGCAGCCUGGACCUGACCCACAUCGUGAGGCUGAUCCAGAACGAUGGCAAGAACCCCCAUGAGGCCGGGCAGGAUGCCCAGGCUGCCCAGUAG